AUGAUGUGUGAAUGUCAUAACAAUGUUAAAGCAAGAAAGGAAUUUGCUUGUUUCUAAUAUCAUAUCAAGUUGUUGCAUUUGAUGAAUGCCGAGUCCUAUUUUUUACUUAAUUGCAUUUUGAUGUGAUUGUUUGUCUUAAACAUACAAAAAUUAAGACUGUUAUAGAAAAAACUGGAGAUUCAGACUGUAAUUGUUCUCCCAAUUUGUAUUUCCUCAUACAUUUUAUGUCUUUUUAGGCAUAUAUAGAGUAUUUUUUGCUUGAGGGAUGGACACAAACAAAACGAAACCUACUGAACAACAAACCAUGACCGUCAAGUGGAAAUUUCCAGAGUAUCGUAAAGCUGUUGUGAAGAAAUGCGUGGAAGGGGUAAUUAAGCAAAGUGGUUUACCUUUGGCACGCUUAAAUGGGCUUGCUCAGUUUCUGGAAAGAUUUGAGGCAAAAGUGAAUGCUGCUGCCAAAAAUGAGGUUGAGUACCUUAAAUCGUUAUCUGAAAAGGUAAAAGAAAUAUCUUCACAACUAAAGACUGCUGAAUCCAAACCUCGUCCCUCGAACUCUACUGGCUCAGUGGAAGUCUGCUCUGCUCAAGAAGCUGGAAAAUCUGCAAAUACAGAAUGGAAGGAGCAGGUUUAUCAAAGGGUUCAAAGGAUGAAUAGUGCAUAUUUCCCAACAGUUAAUACCAUUUACCAACAGAUGAAUAGAAAACUGCAACAGCUUGAGUCUUCUCCUCAAGAACCAAACACAGUGGAAAGAAUGAGAUUCAAUAUGAAAUUAUUAGAACAGAUUUUGGCAAUCUUGAGAGUGAAUAAAUGGCAGAUUACUACUGAAUUCAAGGAGAACCUAGACAAAGCAGAAAAGUUUAUACAAUCUAAAUUUUUCUCUAAGAAUGUUUCUUCACAUCAUCAAGGACAACAACGUUCAGCUGAUGUGCAAUCCAGGCAACAGUCUGGUCCAUCACAUUCUAGUAUUUCCCCAUUGAUGAUACUUGAAAUGAAACCAUCACCACAAGCAUUGGGGUCACAGAACUAUCAUCCGAUGAAGGAUGUUUCUCAGCAAAACAAAAUGUGUUUACAAGAGAAGCAAGCGGCAAAACAAUAUGGUGGUUCACAGCAGUCUGGUCCAUCACAUUCUAGUAUUUCCCCAGUGAAAACACUUGAAAUGAGACCAUCACCACAAGCAUUGGGAACACAGAACUAUCAUAUGAUGAAGGAUGUUUCUCAGCAGAACAAGAUGUGUCUACAAGAGAAGCAAGUGACAAUAAAAUAUCGCAACUUACAACAGGAUGUAAAUCAACUCUCUAUCAUAAAAGGUGCUGGCAAUACUGUACAACAGCAAACACAAGGGACACAAAAAGCAACUGAAGCAUUUAGUGUCAGUGUCAACAGUCAGGGUAUUUCAGCUUCACCCUUGAUUGAAAACUGCAAUAAUCUUAAAGAAAUUUCCCGUAAACCUACACUCACUUCUGAUGAGCCAAGUGCUGCAAUGCAAUACUUUCUUAAAGUGUUAACCUCCAUAUCACCUGAAGCAUUGAGUGCAUCGCUUGGUGAAAUUAGAGAGGUAGUCUAUUUGAAUGAUGCAAUACCAAGUCCAGAAUUGAUGCAUGGACCACCAGAGAUGGUUCAACAACAAAUGCAACCAUGCCUCAUCUCACAAACAGGGAUAAAUUUAGCAUCGGAUAUUGAGCCAUGCUCACAAGCUAGAUACAUCACUUGCAAUGAUUUUGUUCCAACAGGAAGGAAAAGGUCUUGCAGCAUGAAUUCAAUGACUGCCUUUGACACUUCUAGUACUUGUGCUAGUUCAUGUGACAGUAACCAGUUGACUGAUACUGAGAAACCUGACUUGACUUUAGUCACAUCAAAGCAUCCUAGAAUUGUGGAAAAAUGUUCUCUUUUAGAAGAAAUAAAGGAUAUAAAUAAUCUAUUGAUAGACAGUGAGAUAGUUAUUGGAGAAAAAGACAGCAUUCAAAGUGCAGCUGGAGGAGCUGCUGAAGAUGGUGAAGGUUUGGUUAUUAAAUUCCUUUUCAAUGCAGUAACUUUCAAUCAGAACCUAAUAUCCCAUCUUUCUGCUGAUAAAAAGUCAAUAAUCAAACCGUUAUGGUUGCUUGUUCCCGCAAGUUAUCCAUUUUGCCCACCUGUUGUAUUAGACAAAAUGCCGUUGGAAGUCAGUGAUGGCAUGGAAGAUCUAUCAACAAUAGCAAAAUCAAAGCUGAGACAGUUUCUCCAAUGCUUAAACCAACCCUGGUCACUUGGGGAUAUAGCAAUGUUAUGGGAGCGCUGUGCCAGAGAAGCAAUUCUUGAGUAUGCAAAAUGCAUUGGUGGAGGAACCUUUAGCUCAAUAUAUGGAGGGUGGACUAUGUGUCAAAAUUAUGAUGCUUAAAAGGAAGUUGCAUUUAGUCAACCAAGCAUGUACAUUUUGUUGUGCUGGCGUCUUUUGAAUAGACUGAUGUAUAGUAGAAGCUCUACAGUAGAUAACAUGAAAAUGUUCAUCCUAGUAAAUUUGUUGGAAGCUUUAAAGUUCUAGUUGAUUAAAAACCAGUGUUUUAUAGUAAUGCUUGUUCAUGGGAA